GAGGCGAUUAAUCGAGGCCUAAUUAAUAAAAGUACUAUAGGUACUCACUAUUAUGUUAGUUAUUUUAAUAACAAAUGAAAUUAAGGCGCAGAAUAUGAAUGAGGAUAAUAAUAGAAUGAUCAAAUGGUGCUAUGAAAAUCCUUGAUAUGACUUUGAAUAUUGGUGAGUUUAUUAGUCACGUGGACGGUGUCGAUGUGUCAUACAACAAUAAUUGCUAAGUAAAUAUAUAAAAUGUCAAACUCCACGUCGUCUGUGAUAACGUUGAUAACAGAAUUUAUAAAUAGGGAGUACUAUUGGAUACUCUGAAUAAAAAUAAUACUCGGCUUUUGGUAAGUGUGCAAUUGACAUAAAUUUAAUAAUUAAUAACAAUAAUAACGAUAGUAAAUAAUGGAUAAUAAAUGGAACGUGUUGGUGACCGGGGGUGCUGGUUAUAUUGGUUCCCAUACGGUAUUAGAAUUAAUAAAACAAGAUUUUCCGGUGGUGGUGAUUGACAACCUUGGCAAUGCCCAUAAAGAUGCUAAUGCCAGUAAACCAGAAUGUCUUUUACGCAUAGAAAAACUUGCAAAUAAAUCGGUAAUAUUUGAAGAAUGUGAUAUUACGAAUAUAAGUGCUAUUGAAAAAUUAUUUAAAAAGUAUAAAUUUCAAUGCGUUAUUCAUUUUGCUGCUUUAAAAGCAGUUGGUGAAUCAUGCCAAAAACCGUUGGAGUAUUACAAAACAAAUGUCGGAGGUACAUUAAAUCUUUUGCAAGUGAUGAAUGACAAUGGUGUCAAAAAUUUAAUCUAUUCAAGCAGCGCUACUGUCUAUGGUGUGCCGGAAAAAUUGCCUCUUACAGAAGAAAUGAUAACUGGUAACUGUACUAAUCCUUAUGGAAAAACAAAGUAUAUGGUUGAAGAAAUUUUAAAAGAUUUGUGCGCAUCUGAUAACUCAUGGUCGGUUAUAUCUUUGAGAUAUUUCAAUCCUGUUGGUGCUCAUCCGUCUGGAGAAAUCGGAGAAGAUCCAAAUGGAAUUCCAAAUAAUUUAAUGCCUUUCAUAGCUCAAGUUGCCGUUGGUAAAAGAGACAUGUUGUACGUGUACGGUGAUGAUUAUGACACGCCUGAUGGUACUGGUGUCAGAGAUUACAUUCACAUUAUGGAUUUAGCUGACGGUCAUGUUAAAGCUAUUAUUUAUCAAAGUUCACGAGACGUCAAAGGUUUUAAACCGGUCAAUUUGGGUACUGGACGAGGUUAUUCUGUUUUAGAGGUAAUUCAUGCAUUUGAAAAAGCUUCUAAUAAAAAACUUGCAUACAAAAUUGUUGAAAGACGACCUGGAGACAUAUCAUCGAGUUACGCAGAUGCUUUGUUGGCAAAAAAAGAAUUUAAUUGGGUCGCCACAAAAAAUAUUGACGACAUGUGUGCAGACACAUGGAACUGGCAGAAAAAAAAUCCAAAUGGAUUUAAAUCAGCCUGAUUUACAAUUCAAUUAUCAACAAUGUGAGUAGCCAAAUGAGGGAUAGAUAUUUAAUAAAAACAAUUACCAAAUGAAAAACCAAACUAUAUUUAUUUAUGAAUAUAAUAAAGAUUGUGAAAUUUA